AUGCGCAGCCACCAACACAGUCCUCCACACCAGGAGGCCCAGCCGCUGCUGCGGGAGCUUUGGGACACCCGCGCGUGGCGCCUGUUCCCGCUGCUGCUCGUCUACAUGUCUGGGCUCACCCUGCUGGUGCCCCACGUCCCCGGCAUCAUGACCGACUACUUUGCUGAGCGGCGAGCCGGCCACACGCUGCACUGCGACGGCCUGCCCUCCGAUGCCGCCGCGCCCGACGCCGCGGCCUGCCGGGACGCGCACGCGGAUGUUGUGCUGUGGAGCUCCUGGACUUCCUUCUUCUCCAACUCACUCGUGUCCAUAGUGCUGACGCCGCUGCUGGGCCAUUGGAGCGACCUGCACGGCCGCAAGCUGUUCUUCCUGGCCUGCUCCUGCAUCCCGCUCGCCAUCGUGCUGCUGCACCUCACCUCGGGCCUGCCCCUGCUCUGGUACUACGUGGUACAGGUCUUCAUCUCCUCCCUCUCCUCCGUCACCGUCUCGCUGGCCUACAUUGCCGACCUGCUGUGCCGCGCCAACAGGGCCGCCACCUUUGGCCUCAUCAUGGCCAUCUUCAGCGUGGCGAUCUUCAUCGGCCCAGCCGCCGGCGCCGCCAUGGCACCCGUCACUGCAGCCCUGGCAUCCCUUGGCACCGUGGGCGCCUGUGCCGCCUACACCCUGCUGAUCCUGCCAGAAUCGCUGUCGCCUGGGGCCAAGGCAGCGGCACGCCUGUGCCACGCGCAGCACCGCCACCAGGACGCCGCCCCCGGCGCACCAGGCAGCCCGGGAGGCAGCUCGGGAGGCGGCGGCGGCGGCGGCGGGGUGGUGGCGCUGAGCACGCUGCGCGCGGCGCGCAUCCUGCUGCGCUCCCCGCUCUUCAAGCGCCUCACGCUGUGCAUGAUGCUGACGGGGGUGGUGUCGGAGGGGCUGCAGGACCUGCUGGUGCAGUACCUGAAGCUGAAGAUGGAGUUUGGGGUGGCGGAUGUGUCCCACAUCUUCAUGAUCUUUGGCGCCUGCGGCCUGCUGGUACAGACCCUGCUGCUGCGCACCCUGCUCAACUGGCUGGGGGAGCAGCGCGUGCUUCUGGUGGCGCUGGCGGCCUCUGCCGUGCAGCAGGUCAUCCUGGCGGCGGCGGGGGUCAAGUGGGUGGCCUUCCUGGGCAUCGGCCUGGGCUCCCUGGGCAGCAUGAGUUUCCCCACUAUCAGCAGCAUCAAGUCCAACAACGCACAGGCAAGCCGCGGCGCACCCUUUGUGUUCGGCUUGGUAUUGAUGCUGCUGGCCAUAGCGGUGGCUGCCACCAUCCCCUCCACAGCGGGCGGCAGCGGCGGCAGCAUAGAGCGGCAGGCUGCCAUGCCGGGCGGCAGCAGCCAGGGCGGCGGCAGCGACAGAGAGUCGCUGCUGAGGAAGGGUGUGGAUGGGGUUGCAGCUGCAGAGGCGCCGUGGCCUGCCGGGGAGGAGGCCGGGGCAGCUGCAGCGGCGAGGGGCGGCAGCAGGCGGCGGUCGGGAGAUUUGGAGGGCGGCGGCGGCAGCGCGGCAGCGGAGCAGAGCAGGAUUGAGAAGAAGUCGUCCAAGCACAAAAAGCAGCACGACUCCUCAAGCGGCGGCGGAGGUGGCAGCAGCGACGAGGGCGGCAAGCUGGGAGGCGGCGGGCGACGGCGCGGGCGCGGCCAGCCCUGGGACGACCCUUCCAGCGGCAGCGACAGCGACGGCGAGGGAGGCUUGGCGAGCGGGGCGCAGCGGGAGGAUUGGAUGACCAAGCCCAUGCAGCGCCCCAAGACAGACGCGCAGCUGGCGGCAGAGGAGGAGGAGCAGGAGCGCCAGGAGGAGGAGGAGCAGCGGCGGGACCCCGACCGUCCGUUUGUGUCGGAGCGAGAGCUGAAUCCCUACUUCAAAGACGGAGGCAGCGGCGUGCCCGGGGAGGGCGCCGCGGCAGGGGCGCCGCCCGUGCGCCCCGCGGCGGGCAUUGGCGACGGCGGCGCCAGCUGGCGCCUCAAGGCCCUCAAGCGCGCGCAGCAGCAGGCGGAGCAGGAGGGCAAGAAGCUGAAUGAAGUGGUGUCUGAGCGGUUUGGGUCGCUGGCUGAGCUGACUGGGGGGCUCACGGCUGGGCGGCGGGCGGCGCACGGCAUGGCACACCUGCACUCUGCUAGGGACCGGCGCGCCACCGACCCCGAGUUUGGGGCGAGGCAGGCGGAGCGGCGGCGCAUGCGGGAGGGCGAGGAGGGCGGCGGCGGUGGCGAGGGAGGGAAGGGGGGCAAGGGACGGGAGGGCGACAAGGCCGCUUACCUGUCGGAGAUGAAGAGCGUGCGCAGCCAAAUGCAGCGGCCACGCGAGGCGGGCAGCCUGUCGUGGCGGCGCGGCAGCGAGUGUGGGGAGCGGCGGCAGGAGGGCGGGCCGCCUGGCGCGCGGCGGGACGGGGGCGACCGCGGCGGUGGCGACGGGGACAGGCGGCGGGAAGGGGAGCGCAGGGGCGACCGCGGCGACCGCGGUGGCGGCGGUGACAGGGACAGGCGGCGGGAGGACGAGGCUGGCGAGCGGCGGCGGGAUCGGGAGCAGCACCGCGGCGACCGGCCGCGGGACGACCGCCCGGCGCGGGGCAGGGAGGAGGCAGAGGGGCGGCGGCGGCCGGCGAGGGACCCGCUUGGUCGCCACGAGGACGCCGCCGUUCUCAAGGCUGCGGCGGCAGAGCUCAACCAGUUUCAGGCAGACGGUUCCUUCAUGGAUCAGUUCCAGGCGAUGCAGCAACAGCAGCAGGGUGGGAGAGAAGGCGGGGAGGAGCGGCCCGGGGCGGGCGCAGAGGUGCAGCCGUCAGCUUCCAGCGGCAGCGACAGCGAGGAAGCAAGGGAGGCGCAGCGGCGCCAGGAGCGCCCCAGCGCGGCGGCAGCCAUGGCGGCCGAGAGGGCCAGCCUGGCGGCCCGCCCCGCAGCGGCAGCAGCAGGGCCAGCAGCGGAGGCAGGCGGAGGCGACGGCGGCGAGCAGCGGCCGGCUGCGCGCAGCGGCGGCGGCGGCGGCGCUAACAACCUGUCGGUUGCGGCCAUGCUGCGGGCGAGGCUGACGGGGAAGGCUCCGCCACCAGAGGCCCAGGCGCCGCCUGAGCGCGAGACUGUUGUUCUGCCUCAGGUGGAUGCCCGGGGCAGGGCGGUGCCGGGCGCCUUUGGGCGGGAGGAGGCAGGGACAGGCCUGCUCGACGGAGGGCGCAAGCAGAAGCGAGUGCAGCGGUACGAGGGCGGCGAGCGCUCCAAAUACUUUGCCGACGACGACGACACAGACCUGCAGACGCUGAUGAAGCGCACCAAGCACGGCGACGAGGGCGACAUCGAUGCGCGGCUGGCGGCUGGCAUCACGCGCAGCCAGCGGUACAAGCAGGCAGACUACGACCCAGAUGCUGAGUACGACCACGAUGCGGGGCUGGAGAUGCUGGACAAGCGGGCGGGCAAGAAGGGCAGGGAGGGGCAGCAGCAGCGCGACAAGCAGCGCCAGAUACGGGAGUACAACCGCAUGAACUCGGCGCUGGAGAAGUGCCGCCUGUGCUUCUCCUCGGCCUCCCGCCCCCGCCACCUGGCCGUCGCCAUCGGCCAGUCCUCCUACCUGGCGCUGCCCGCCCGCGGCCGCCUGGUGCCGGGCCACUGCGUCAUUGUGCCCGCGGAGCACGUCGCCUCAACGCGGCAGGUGGACGAGCAGGUGUGGAGCGAGCUGCGCAACUUCAAGAAGUGCCUGAUCCAGAUGUUCAUGAAGCAGGCGAGCGGCCAGGAGGUGGUCUUCUUCGAGACAGCGCUGCACCUUGGCAGCAUGCGCAGCCACGCGGUGGUGGAGUGCGUGCCGGUGCCGCCCGCGGUGGCGGGGCGCGCCCCCAUGUUCUUCAAAAAGGCGGUGGAUGAUGCCACCAGCGAGUGGGCGCAGCACCACGCCAAGCGCUUCAUCGACACAAAGGCCAAGGGCCUGCGCGGCUCCGUCCCCCCCAACUUCCCCUACCUCAACGUCGAGUUUGGCAUCUCAGACGGCUUUGUGCACGUGGUGGACGAUGAGGAGAAGUUUGACCCGGGGCUGGCUCGCUCGGUCAUGAUUGGCCUGCUGAGCCUGCCUCAGGAGGACAUGCACCGGCGGGCGCGGCAGGAGAACCCCUCCAUCCAGCAGCAGUGGGCGGAGGAGUUUAGGAAGCAGUUUGAGCCGUAUGACUGGACGCGCAUGCUGGAGUGA